AUGGCCUCCCUCAAAAACGUGCUCGUGACAGGCGGCGCAGGCUACGUCGGUUCGCAUGUCAUCUAUGUCCUCCAGAAAACCCGGCGAUACAAGGUCAUUUCCAUCGACAACAACCACAACUCGCUUUCAGCCGCUUUGGCACGUGUCUCGCAACUCUCCAAGAGUGAACUGCCAGCAGAUGCCACCGAGAUUGACUGGCUGAGCACAGAGAUCGACUCACACACCUGCGAUCUAACGAAGCCAGAACAGAUUCGAGCAGUAUUUGAGAAAUAUGGUAAGGGCGGUAUCUGGGGCGUGAUUCAUAUUGCAGCCUACAAAGCCGUUGGCGAAUCGACGGAAAUCCCCCUAACAUACUAUGCCAACAACGUCAGCGCAUCCAUCUCCCUCCUUCAAAUUAUGGACGAGUUCGAUUGCAAUCGGAUAGUCUACUCCUCUUCGGCGACAGUCUAUGGAACACCGCCUAUCAUCCCCAUACCCGAAACCACCAGGCUGCAGGCUGACAGCCCGUAUGGAAAAACUAAGGUCAUGACUGAAACGAUUAUUGAGGAUAUGUGUCGCGCCGACAAAAAAUGGUGCGCCUUAUCACUGCGAUAUUUCAACCCUGCUGGCGCACAUCCCUCGGGGAUGAUUGGUGAAGAACCCCGUGGGCGACCCGGGAAUUUGUUGCCGCUGCUGGCCCACAUGGCCGUCGGACGCGUUAAAGAUGCUGUUCUGAAGGUGUUCGGCAAUGAUUACCCUACGCCUGACGGCACUUGCGUGCGGGAUUAUCUCCACAUCAUGGACCUGGCGUCUGGCCAUGUCCUCGCUCUCAACGCUCUGGGCCCUGACUCGGCGGUGUUCCCAUCUGAUGCUCCAGCCUUCUUCAAGGCGUACAAUUUGGGCAAGGGAAAGGGUGUUAGUGUCCUUCAGAUUGUGGAAGCGAUGCGGAAAGCAACUGGCUUCGACUACAAGUAUGAGAUCAUAGGCAGGAGAGGUGGCGACGUUCCUGACCUGACCGCUGACCCGACUCUGGCGGAGAAAGAGUUGGGAUUCACGGCGCCUGCAGAUCUAGAGACGAUGUGCCGCGAUUUAUGGAACUUCCAAUCCAAACACCCUCUUGGUUACAGCGAGCAGUAG